CACGGAGAACGAAGCUGCAGCUGCCAGUCAGCAGAGAGAAGAGCCAUGAGUGACCUGGCCUUGACAGUUGAAAGCCUGGACUUCCGUGCCUCUGAGAACAAGAAAAGCCACCAGACCCACGAGUAUGACCACUCUGCCCUCGUUGUGAGAAGAGGCCAGAACUUUCACAUCAAGAUGAAGAUGAACAGACCGUUGAAGGCGGCUGACCAGCUGUACAUCCAGUUAGCUGUGGGUAGACAACCCCUGCAAUCGAAGGAGACACUGGUGCUGAUCUCUCUACAGCAAACCGAAGGCUCUGAGGCCUGGAGAGCCACUCUGGGUGCGGCCCACGGGCAUGAGUAUGACGUCCGCAUCAAAACCCCGUCCAAUGCCACGGUGGGCAAGUACACGCUAACAGUGACAGACAAGGGCAGCUACAGCUACAAACCCCCAGAGAGCGACUUCUACCUGCUGUUUAACCCUUGGUGUAAAGAGGACAAUGUCUACCUGGCAGAACAGCAUAAAAGGCAGGAGUACGUGCUCAAGGACACCGGCUAUCUGUACAGGGGGUCAUCCCAGCGUGUGGAGGGCAUCCCAUGGAACUUCGGCCAGUUUGAGACAGACGUGCUGGACUGCUGCCUCUACCUCCUGGACCAAGUGGGCAUGAAGCAGUCGACCAGGAGGGAUCCCGUCAAGAUCGCCAGAGCCAUGUCUGCGGCGGUCAAUGUACAAGAUGACAACGGAGUUCUUUGUGGCAACUGGUCGGGAGACUAUUCUGACGGGACGCCCCCAUCUCACUGGACGGGCAGCUCUGCCAUUCUCCAACAGUACUACAAGAGUAAGGAGCCCGUGCGCUACGGCCAGUGCUGGGUGUUCUCAGGUGUGCUCACCACAGUCAUGAGGUGUCUGGGUAUCCCGGCCAGGAGCAUCACCAAUUUUGAUUCGGCCCACGACACCGAAGACAACCUCACCAUCGACGUGUUCUUCAACGCUGCGGGUGAAAUGCUGAGCGACAUUUCUACCGACUCCAUCUGGAAUUUCCACGUGUGGAAUGAUGUCUGGAUGAAGAGGCCCGAUUUACCGGAAGGAUACGACGGCUGGCAAGCUAUUGAUGCCACGCCACAGGAGCUCAGUGAAGGCAACUACCAGUGUGGACCUGCCCCUCUGAAGGCCAUCAAGAAUGGAGACAUCCAUUUAGUCUACGACACCAAGUUUGUGCUUUCGGAGGUCAAUGCGGACCGCAUCUUCUGGAGGGUGGACAACCCCAAAACUCCACAGCAGAGUAUGGUCAAGCUGAGUGUGGACACCAAGGUGGUGGGCAAGCGCAUCAGCACUAAAACUGUGGGCAAGAACCUCCGAGAGGACAUAACCAGUCAGUACAAGUACCCUGAAGGCUCCCCUGAGGAAAGAAAGUCCAUUGAGAGCGCCUUGAAAAUGUGCGUCAAGCCACCUGGGAUGCCCUACGGUGAAGCAGCACCUUCCAUCAAGGUGGGCUUUGAGUCCAAGGAGGUCCACCUUGGCUCCCCAGUGACUCUGAAGAUCAUCUUCACCAACAGCUCCACCGAGGACAGAAACGUGACCUUCAGUGCCAGCUACCAGCUGCAGAUCUACCAUGGCAACACCGUGGAGAACAUCGGCUCCAUGUCAAACGAGAUCACGGUGAAAGGAGAAAGCUGUGCCGACGUUCCUGUCGAAAUCCCUGCUGAGAGUUACUUGAAAUUCCUGCCCAAGUAUGACGAUGAGCUCCAAGUGCAGGUGAACGUCCUGGGAGAGGCCAAAGAAACGAAAGAGUCGCUGGCCGACUACACCCUUGUGCAUUUCAUUUACCCACCCAUCAAGAUUGAGAUGCCCGAGUCCGCAAACAUAGGUGAGACGUUCUCCUGCACUUUCUCCUUCAAGAACGACACUGGCAUUCCUUUGGACAACACCAAGCUGCACGUGGAGGGCAUCGGCCUGUUCCAGCUGGAGACUUUUGAUCAGGGGACCAUUAAAGCCGAUGGGGUCUUUAUGUCCAGGGUCAUCUGCACUGCCAGUAAACCCGGGGAGCGCAAGAUCAUCGCCAAGAUCACAUCUGACCAGAUCUGUGGCAUCACAGAGGAGAAGCACAUUACCAUCAAAUGAGCCUCUUGUCAGCAGUGGUCAGCAGUCAGAUCUGUUACCUGUCUCCAUUCAUAUAGCGCCUUACACACACACUCACACACGCACGCACACACACCUUAGCUCACUGUUAUAA